AUGACGCUGGACACCAACAACGACGGGACGAUCACUGCUGGCAAAGUCCGCUCGGCCCUCAGCGGCAGGUGGACCCCCGGGGACGUGGACCGCCUCGUUUCCUGCCUGCUGCCGCCAGGCGCGCAGGAGGCGGAGGAGCUCUCUUACGACGAGUUCAUGGGCGCACUGAUGGCGUCGCAGGCCGCGGACGAGGAGAGGAUGCUGCGCAAGCUCUUCGGCGAGGCAGACGAGCAGCGCCCGGGCUGGCUCGGCGCCGCGGAGAUCACGGAGCUGGCCAGGCGCCCUGCGGUGAAGCGCAUGCUCGGCGACCGCCCGGCCUCGUCGCUGACGGAGGAGAUGGACCUCGACGGGGACGGCAAGGUGACGUUCCAGGAGUUCUGCCGCGUCGUGCAGGCGGAGAAGCCAGAGCACAGCGCCGGCAGGCCCACCGCCACGAAGACUGGCAAGUACGUGGCGGCGCAAGCGGUGCAGUUCCGGUCCAGCUCGUAG